AUGUCACAAAAGAUGAAUUUAUCCUUUGUUCUCCUGCUUUGCCUUUUGGCACUUGGAAGAUCGGAGCUGCAAAUCUACCAUCCCCUGAUGACCCUGCACCACCAACCAACUCUGGCCAGGGUGGGUCAUCUGGUGGAUCAUGUGCCCACCGCCGUGUCCCACCAGAGCUCCACCAUCGUGCAUCGCAGUGUUCCCAGGGUUACACCCCUGCUGACCCCCGCCUUGAGGACCACCUAUUUGCACUAUCCCACCUGGAGUUAUCCGCUCUUCGAUGGAGCCAACACCCUGUACAGAAAGUAA